AUGUCAAUGAAGCAGGAUAUCGAAAAGGGCGAGGGGCGCGCGUUCGAAGAUACGCGCCAGGUCGAGGCCAUCCCGCCGUCCCAGGCGCAGUAUCGAUAUGAGCCGCGCCCCAAGCCCGGCAGCCACAUCGCGAACCCGGGCACGCUGGGCCUGUUCGCCUUCGCGAGCACGACGUUCGUGCUCUCGAUGUACAACGCCCGCGUGCGCGACAUCAGCGAGCCGAACGUCGUCGUCGGCCUCGCGCUCUUCUUUGGCGGGCUCGCCCAGUUGCUUGCCGGCAUGUGGGAGUUCCCCCGCGGAAAUGCAUUCGGCGCGACCGCCUUCACAUCCUACGGCGCCUUCUGGUUGUCCUACGCCACCAUUCUCAUCCCCUCCUCGGGCAUUGCGGCCGCGUACACGUCGCUCGAGGGCGGCGAGGCCAUGCUCGCUGACGCGCUCGGCAUCUACCUCAUUAUGUGGAUGAUGGUCACGCUCUUUAUUGGCAUCGCCUCCCUCAAGCGCCCCGUACCCUUCCCCGCGCUCUUCUUCAUGCUCUGGCUCACCUUCGUCCUUCUCGCCGCGUCCGAGUUCACGGGCCGGACAGGCAUCGCGAAGGCAGGUGGCAUUACGGGCGUCAUCACGGCGUUCAUUGCCUACGGCAUUGGCUUGUGCGAGUUGGUCGGUUGGUGA